AGGGAGGGAGGGAAGGACAGACAGCAGCAUAGUCUUGUCAGAACUGCGCCGAUCUAAUGCGUCUCUCACAAACGAGCCAUUAAAAGCCGAUCAAGCGCUCGCAGUCUUCAAAGUUUGGAUUUGCUCAUCCCUCCCGUGCGUAGCUACUCUGUGCCAUUCCGAGCAGGUGGAUGCUGUCAUGCCAUUUGGGUGCCUUGCUCUGCGAGAUGGGCGGUCAUACAACAGCCUGUCAGACAUCACUGACAAAUACGAGAUUGGACAGGUCCUCAAGGCAAAAGAAUUUUGUGAGCUGUGCCUGGUUAAGGAACGACAGACGGACAAGGUCUAUGUGUGCAAGAAAUUCCUCAAGAAGGAUGGCAGGAAAGUGCGGAAGGCAGCCAAGAACGAGAUCAUGAUCUUGAAAAUGGUCAAACACCCAAACAUCCUGCAGCUGAUUGAUGCAUUCGAGACCAGGAAAGAAUUCUUCAUCAUACAAGAGCUAGCCACAGGUGGAGAUGUGUUUGAUUGGAUCUUAGACCAGGGGAACUACACAGAGAGAGAUGCCGCCAAUGUGAUCCGUCAGGUCUUAGAAGCAGUGGCAUACAUUCACUCCCUCAACAUAGUCCACAGGAACUUAAAGCUGGAGAACUUGAUGUACUAUAGAGAGAGCAACCACAACAAGGUCGUAUUGCGGGAUUUCUACCUGUCCAGGUUUGAGAACGGCUCAAUCACUGAGCCCUGCGGGACACCCGAGUACCUGGCUCCUGAAGUGGUGGCUCGUCAUCGCUAUGGAAGACCAGUCGAUUGUUGGGCAGUGGGGGUCAUUAUGUACAUACUGUUGUCUGGAAACCCUCCGUUCUAUGAUGAAACUGAGGAGGAGAACACUGAUAUGCACAACCGGAUAAUCUUCUGCCGCAUUGUUGCUGGAGAAUUUGAAUUUGAUUCACCAUACUGGGAUGAAAUUUCCCCUGCUGCAAAAGAGCUCGUCUGCAGAUUUAUGGACAUUGACCCAAUGCUGAGAAUUACUGCACAAGAUGCACUUUCGCAUGAAUGGAUUGCUGGAAAUGGGGCUUCGGAAAAGAAUCUGAAGGAAGGAGUCUGUGCUCAAUUUGAGAAAAACUUUGCAAAGGCCAAGUGGAGGAAAGCGAUUCGUGUCACCACAUUCAUGCAGCGUCUCCGAGCCUCUGAAAUGGGAUCUUCUGAUGGGGUAGUUGAAGGCCAGGGCGAAGGGGUCAGAGCGGAUGAAUUAGAUGGUAAAGGGAUACAAACAGACUCAGGUGGCAUUUCUACUGUGAGCAUGUCCCAUGAGGUGUCCGCCGAAAGCAGGGUCAGACCAGCGGAGAAUCAAGAAGGGGAGAAAGCAAGACACCUAAAAGCAGAAGAGAAAGAAGCAGAGACCCUUGCCAGAUCAAACAGCUCUUUAAAAGUACAAGCAGAUGAGCCGAACAAGAAAGAGUCUACCGAAGGCACUUCUAAAAGGGAGGACAAAUUAUCAACAAGAGCGAGCCAGAAAGCAGCACCCAGCCAGCCUAUCAAGACUUCAGACAACCGAGAGAACAAUGUCCCCAAGGAGCCAGAGGCCACAACUGUUGGCAAUGUCGAGAAGAAAUCACCUUUCCCUGAUACUCCAAAUCGACGCAAAAUGGCCGCCAAUCUCUCGAUGGAUCAUGGCUCAUGUUCUGAUGCCAAAACCAGUACCUUGUCAGUGGGAAAGGAACCACCUCUUAAAUCAGAAGACAAAAAAGGCACAGUCCAUGAUAUGGCCAAAAAUAGCUGGUGUCAAACACAGCUCCCAGAAGCAGUUGCAGAGAGGCCAGUGGAAGUAGGGGCGACUUGCGAGGUCAAUCCUAAGAGCAGAGAGUUCAAGAAAGGACAAGCGGACAAGGGUAGCCAGUCUGUGAAAAACAUCCAGUGUACAUAUGCAGGAUUGGGAUCUUUAAGUCUCGGCCAUGAUAAAACGGUAUUUGAGCAGGAGCUGCAAGAGAUGGUCCAUGGUGCAUCAGGGUAUGGUAGCCCGUACUGUCCAACCUACUCUGUUGGACAGUAUGCUGGUUUAGAUCCCGGAAGUGGAGCCAGUGCGGAUUGGCAAAUGGAUUGUGUAAUCGAACAAAUUGAGAAACAAAUGGCUGCCGUGUUAGAGAAGAUCGAGGGGGACAUGCCUUCGUUGCUGGAGCAGAUCAGCGACCAUCCCGAGACCCUUCCGAGGGCAAAGAGUGCCAGCUCUUCCCCGUCACCCCGACCUCGCUCGUACCAUCAUUCGACUCCACCGCCUCUUCCCACCACACCUCGCCCAGCAAUGCCUUCUUUACCACACCUGACCAUCCCGCCUCCCUCGUACCCACCUCCUUCCCCACCCAGUCACAUCCAGGGUCACAGCCAUCCAACUGCCGAUGACGGUAACAGUGACGGCCAGAAGUCUACAAAGCAGUCUGGCCAAUCACCAAGGGGAAGUGUAUCAGGAAAAGGGUUGUAAAUAUGCUAAGAGAGUGUGAACGCUCAAGAAUAAAGUAUGUGCUCCAUGUAACAAAAUAUAUUUGGGAUAUGGAUUAUGGAUCCAUGAGUACAGCAUACGUUUUGGGACUGAACAAUGAUCUUUGGGCUCCAACGCAAAGAGCCUUGUUAUUGAUUGUAUGUGAUGGAUAAGAAGCUUUUUUUAUGUGUAAAGAGGAAAGUAACUGAGUAAACUGAAAAUAGGGAACAUUAUUUUGUAUUAUUAGAGAAAACUGUUAAGGUUAUCCCACUAUAAAUGGUUGCAAAUGGUUCUGCUCUACACUACAAGAUCAUAGCAAACACUUAUGUUUCCUAAAUAACAAUUUCAUACAGUAAUUAUAAUGUAGAGUCUGUGGAGGGUUUGGAUACAAGAAUUUAUAUAACUUGAAAAAUUCACCUUUAAAUAAACUUGUUCCCUUAAAACAAGAUGGCAUCCUGCUCUGUUUUGGAGAACCGCUGUGCAUUUGCUCUUCACCAGGUACUGUGGACUUUGAAAGGUGUUAUUAUUUUUGUCACUUCAUCCAUCUUGGAUUUUUGCUCUGAGAUAGUGAAGUUGAAGCAGUGUAUCUGUGAACUCUCAUCAAUCAUUUACCUUCUUCAAUACUUCCAAUAAAACUAUUUCAUUUAUCUCUCUUUUUGUAUAUUCUCGCAUUAUACAACAAGUCUCUGCCAAACAUGUCAGUCUUUCAUUGAUUGAGAAUAUUAAUGCUCAGAGGGCGAGAAUUGAUCAUAACUUUGAGACUACAGUACUUUACAACUAUAUUCUCUUUCCUGGCCUUUUUUAUUCGCUGUUGUAUGUUUCCAUCUACGUGUAUGUUUGAUUCUCAUUCUCUUACUCUAUUUUCUCAAUUUAUGAUGUAAACUAAUAUAUCUUUACAUUGUAUAGUACUUUUGCUAAUAUAUCCUAAAGUAAGCUCUAAUGUCUAUAUGUAAAGUCCUCGCAAAUGUCUGUGAAUUGUAACUGUGGCUUCCACCUCCCCAAUUAUUAUUAUAUAGAUUUUGGUGAUGUGAAUAUUCUUCCAAGUUAUUUUUUUGCACUCUCUACAUUACUAUUUCAAUA